AUGGCUUUGUCAGAGCUCAACAACAUAUCCAUCGCGGAGAUAGCCGUAUACUUGCCGGCCCUCUUCGUCGCCAUCCUCCUCUCGGUGCGCCAUGGCUUCCGCCGCAGCGUGGGCUGGACCUACGUCGUAGUCUUCUCGCUGGUCCGCAUCAUCGGCGCCUCGCUGGAGCUGGCGACUAUCAACGAUCCGAAAAAUACGAGCUUGUACAUCGGCUACAUAACGCUUCAGAGCAUUGGGCUGUCGCCGCUGAUCCUCACGCAGCUGGGCCUCGUCAACCGCGUGCUGCAGAGCGUCGAGAAGGCACGGGCCGGCUGGCUCAACCCCAACUCCCUGCGCAUCAUCCAGAUCAUCGUGCUUGUCGGCUUGAUCCUUGGCGCCGUUGGCGGAAGCGACGCCGGCAGCAAUUAUGGCAAGACUGGCGUCUACGAGGUCUCGACGAAGUCGAAGGCCGGUAUCGCGCUCAUGAUCGUCGGUUACAUCCUGAUUGUGGCCGCGACCGUCAUCACGGCAACGCGGCUGGCCCACGCCGAGCCCGGCGAGAAGCGCGUCCUUCUCGCCGUCGCCAUCUGCCUGCCCUUCAUCCUCGUGCGCAUCAUCUACUCGGCCGAGUCCGUCUUCGGCCACGACUCGCGCUUCAGCCAGUUCGGCGGCGACCCCAAUAUCCUGCUCGGCACGGCCGUCCUCAUGGAGAUGAUUGUCAUCGCCAUCGUCGAGGGCUUCGGUCUCACAUUCAGCGUCCGCCCCAAGGAAGAACUCCCGUCAAAGACACUCUGGGCCCACUCCCAGGGACGUCGGGAGCGCCGUCGGGAGCGCCACGCGCAUCAGGGUUACGUGUCGUCCAAUGUAUGA